AGCGGGACUCGCUAGGGUGGAAGGCUCGUUGCGACCGUUCUGGUCACCCUUGCCUCGGAACAGACUCCACCUGUUUAUCAUUCCGUCGCUUAAACCAACAAUAGACGUACCGUGUGAGACGCGAAACGUGGGCAGAAAUGUCGCCGACGACGAUCAAGAGAAAGAAUCGCGGGCCGAUCGAACUAUACACGAGAUAAUCGUCGUUGAAAAGGGGUGGAUGGAGUGCCGGCAGCCUAACCAGUGAUUUUGGCGUGAUAAGCAGCUUAAUUGAUCAGGUUCGGCGGUCUGAUUGGAUUUGUGGUCAGGCCUGGAUUUAGCAUUAAGAAGGAUGGGCUGGACGCUCACCGUUCUUGGGGUGGCUUUAGCCAUUGUCGUCGUGGCUAGCGCCGCCCUGGCACUUUACAGAAGGAGGUAUUGCAUCAACUGGCAAUGGGGCGCUAGAAACAUUUGGAACAUCUGCGAGCAAUGGCGACAAAGGCUAUCGUGGUUAUGGGCGCCGCGAGAAGAAAAGGUUGGUUUAGUGAAAGCACAACAUCCAAUAGCCCAGACAAUUCCCGGUUUAUAUCGACAACCUGGAAAUGCAUCUCAACAUUUGCUUCACAGCGACAGCGACCUCAGACUCGACGCGCAAGGAGCUUUCACCAGAUUCGAACCGGUAGAUAGAGAUCUUCAUCCGCCUCUGGGCACUGCUACCGGCAGCACCAUACCACCGCAGCCUUUGAGACCAGCACCUCAACCAAGGCCAACUUCACGUCCAAGGCCAUCUCCGCUUCAAACUUCCAGCACAGUAGACUACCUGAGAAUGCAAGAAGCUGGCCCGGUACCUCUGACACCGCCGCCAUCGUUGCAGAGAGCACCGAUUCCUUCGAGGUCGAAUGGCCCGUCGGUCUUCCUUUUCCAGAGCGAGCCCAUGAAAAAUUAUGGUCUACAUCAAGCAUCGAAUGACCACGGUUCGUUUAGAUUCGACGGCGAGAAACCGAACACCAUGACGAAUGAGAAUAUUCAGAUGACACCGUACGGCUCGCAAAAUCACAUCGACGCAAGACUGAGAUACGAAUUCGAUGAAGAACCGGGCAGAAAAGAGCAGAAUAGGCACAAUCCUUACAGGCAAUUCGAUACCGGCCUCGAAUCGACAAGAAUUAGGUACGGUGUACACGGUGUACCUAUAGCUACGCUAGAUGGGAAAGGGGACGAGGACAACAGCACGAGCUACGGCAGUUACGACAUCGUCCAAAGGAGUCACAUAAUACGGCAACAUGUCCGGAAUGAUUCGAGAGGUUCGCCAAGCAGUUUCGAUAUGACGAAUUCUUCGAAUGCCGCCAGCCAGACUAUCAUGGGAUCGAUAUACGGAUCCGAGGAACUAUCCAAGAUGCUUCGCAGCACUCAGAGUCUCGGCAACGACCUCGAUCGUACGAGCAACGAGAUGCAAAGCAUCGAGAUGACACCCUUUACAAGUUCCAGCCUUCAGGACGAUAUCAGCCCCUGCUACCUGUUUCGCGAGAACCAAGGGUUGCAAAAAGUCUCGCAGUAUAUUCAGAGUUUACCCGAUCUUCCUAUAUACGACUCGAUCAACGAGCUCGGACUCCACCGAGAUCAAGAUCGCAUCCUCUACGACGACACGAUUCAAACAUCGAUCAACGCGUUGAAGGCCAACAACGAGGCAACUUCCAGUCCGAUACCACCGCCACCCGCUCCACCUGAUCCACCGAAAGAUGUGCCAAAGAAGAACGGGCAGACAACCGGCGAAAGAAUAUUUAACGCUCUCAGAUUGGUCACGUCUCACAGCUACAUCGACGCCUCGGAAUUUUACAACUCAGUCGUAUCCUCGGCACAACAAGUUCAACGUUUCACCUUCCCAUCGAGAUCUUCGUCGUUGGUGGUGGAGGAUAACUCCACUACUAGGUUGCACGAUGAAGUUCAGGACAUUUACGCGGAGAACGAUUCCGAUGUGAUGAUAGGUCCUGACGGCUCUAGGCGUAGCUCCGAUCUUUACAGCCCUGAACUCAACUUAGAAGCACAUAGAACUGCACAAGAGGUGUACAAUAGUUUACAAGAUCCACCGUCGUCGCCGUUGAUGGUUAAAGAUCACAGUCAAGAGGUUUACACGUAUAUGACUGACCCCAGCUUCACGAGAACCUCAGAGGAUAUUUUAAACAGUAUCGAGCAAAGAAAAAAAAGUAUGGAGAGAUUGAACGGUAUCCAUGAACUCAACGAACUCGAUGACGCUGACUCGUUAAGAAAACGAAACAGUCACGACUUUUUUGUCGCACUGGAGGAAGCGCAAUUGAAGCGAAAGUUCUCUCAGGCACUCGUCACAAACUACACGAUGAACGAUUACAAUGACAUCAAUCCCGGAAGUCGUCGUGGACCUCAGGGGCCGGAUCCAGAGCCGCCGCCGGAUGAAUCGAACCUAAAAAGGGCAAUAAGCUGCGAAAGUGUGUGCUCGGAUACCAGUGUAGUGUUAAACGAUCUCGAAGAAGCACCUGUCGUCGGUCAUGUGUGCAUCGGUGUCCAGUACGACAGAUGGGGUGGCCGAGGUGCUGAUAGCGAGGGUGAUCUCGCGGUCAGCGUUCUCGAAGCCAGAGAUCUCGUCACCUCGGAUGGACAACCUGCUCAAGAUACCUUUGCCAGAGUUUGUCUGUUACCGAACAGACAAUUACACGUGAAAACCCGGCUGUAUAGAGGCAGUCCGUCGCCUAGUUAUCAAGAAAACUUUUUGUUCCCUCUGGACGAUGGUCCCACUGGAAGAACUCUUCUCGUCGAAGUAUUUUCUGACGAGACCAGUAUAGGUGAUGGAACAUCCCUCAUCGGAGAAGCUAAGUUACGUCUAGGACCCGCCUCAAGAGCACCUGCAACUACGUGGUUACCACUUCUGGGAUCAGCUUUGCCCACGCCAAGACUUGGAGAAUUGAUGUUCUCUUUGAGCUACUUGCAAACGGCUGAAAGACUCAACCUGGUGGUUGUGAAGGCUAGAAAUUUACAUGGUGUCAGUGCCGUGCCCGGUGAUUUCUUCGUUAAGGUUUACUUGCUACAACACGGGCAAAAGAUCCACAAGAAGAAGACAUCUGUGAAAAAGGGAGAAGAAAGCCCAAUCUUCAACGAGGCAAUUACUUUUAACGUACCCAGUCAUAUUCUGCAGAGCAUACAGAUAAGGCUAACUGUAGAGGAAGUAAACAACGAACAGGGUGUAAAUUCGAAGCCGUACUCCGUCGGACACGUUAUCGUGGGACCUACGUCAGCAGGACGAGCAUUGGUCCAUUGGAGACAAAUGUUGGCUGCUCAAAGACGCCCUGUCGCCAUGUGGCAUCCGCUCAGAAAAUGAAAGGAUCGCGUAAGACGUUGGCAAAGCGAAUAUAUAAUAGAACGAAAAUCUGCACGGAUUUAAAGUAUACUGGGAGAACGGUAGGAUUACGUAGACACGAUGUUGUAGCGAGUCAUCCUGAUAUUCGUCCGAGUUUUCAGCCGUUCACAUUUAAAAAGCAUUAGGUACUUUCCCGUGCUUCAACGUGAUUUUCUUUGAAAUUAGAGAAACAUUGCAAAUUACGAUAUAGAAAUUUCAAUCUUUCAAAUAGGAGAAUUCUGAUAAGCAUUUUCGAUUUUCAAGGUCUUCCUAUUUUUGAGAAUAUUUCCAUUCAAGAGAAAGAAGCUUGAGAAGGAAAUGAAGUCACGUUUUUUCACCGUUCAAUAGACCGUUCGAAACUGCGUGAUCUUUUAGAAUAACCCAAUAAUACACGGUAUUAAUUAAUAGUCUGUUUCCAUUAACAAAAAGAAUAUAGAAGAGAGAAACCUAGAUGAUUUUGUUGACCUUUGAAAGAAACGAUCACGUGCAAUUCGUUGGAUUUAUUGUAUAUAAAUUCGUGAAUUUACAGGGUGCUGACAAACUUAAGGCCUCAAUGCGAAAAAUUUUUCUAUUCACGUUACAAUUACUCGUAAGUAUUUUACCGAAUGUCCAGCUUUCUCUCUUUAACCGUUCUCCUCUAUGCUCUAACGAGGAAGCACACUCAUAAACGUGUGGCGACACGUUGCAAGCAGAAACAUGACAAUUCAACAAAAUCUACAAUUCAUCGUUUUCGAUUUGAUGGUAUAAAAUUCUCAAUGUCAAACUCGUAUCCUAUUGUACAUGUACUAAAUGGAUGUACAUGAUAUGUUGUUUCGUCUAAUGAUAAGAUUCGAAUUGACGGCUCCGUGAUUAAAGCUCACACGGUUUGCUCCAACGUGAAUCACGACACAAGGUUACCGUCAAAAUGGAAGAUAAAGCGGAUAAGCAAAAUUGUAAGAAACGUGAGAAUCAAUCGGGAUGUAACACGGAGCUGAUGUCAAUCAUUUCAGACUGAUAUAUCGAUAUCAAAAGUCAUCGUCAAGCACAAAUCGCUGUAGGAAUCUCUAAAUGGAUCCACAUCGUUCUCCAUACCGUGUGUCCCUUCACGAGGAAGGUUCGAGCGAACUUUUUUGUGACGAGACCGCCAGGUUCUCGCUACGAGGCUCAAAUAUUUGUAUCGAGAUAUCGUAUACGGCCGGCGAAUGUCAGAGCCAAGGAAUAUCCUUUUUGCCUUUAUUCGUCUGAUUCACUUGCGCGAGUGAAUUGAACAUCAAAUUGCAUACGAAAUUAUGCACAAACCAACCAACCCGUACGAAUUAGCGAUGGCAUUCGAAAAUGUUUUCUCCUCUUCUUUCUCAGUUUCUUUCCCUUUGCAAAGGAAUACAUGUAUAAACCGAUACAUUUUAGACAAGCUUAAUCGAACCUUCCUUACGUGUAGAAAGAAAUGUCCACCAGAGACAUCUUCUGUAUGUAUUCCGUAUGUAUCUAUGUUGAUAUUAGUUAGAAUGCAGUUUAUUUCUUUUUCGAGAAAAAAGAACUACCCUUUUUCACGUCGGAUAAUCAUCGUGUUCUUUAACGCCAGGAUUAUUUAUCAGUUUUUGUACGAUACUUGUAAAAAAAAAAACAAAAAAAGAAAACUUUUCUUUUCCCUUUUUUUUUUUUCGUGCCUCUAUUCUGGCGUAUCGAUGUAAUCUUGCUCGUUGUUCGUUGAAUGACUGGCUAUAUAGUUACAGAGGAAUAAAAGAAAUUGAAGAAAAAAAAAAAGGAAAAAAAGAGCAAGUAAAAGAAACAAGAAAACGUUGCGCCGCAAUUAAAGAAAGAUUCAUUGCGACAUUGAAAAAUUUAUGAACGAUGGAAGCUCUGUUUCAGGGUUUUAUCAAGAUGUAAAUGUUGUUGUUCCCAAUGAACUGUUAAUGUUUGUACAGAGUUUAUUAACGACGUACUCGACGUGCAGAGCAUUCUUUUCCAAACGUGGACGAUUGAUCGCAAUUCUUGAUUAUAUUCUUCUCUCCUCUAACGACCAACGAUCAUCCUUUUCACAUUUCUUCUUCUUCUUCCUCUUCUUCUUCUUCUUCUUCUUCUUCUUCUUCCUCUUCCUCUUCUUCUUCUUCUUCCUCUUCCUCUUCUUCUUCCUCUUCCUCUUCUUCUUCCUCUUCUUCUGCUCCUCC